AUGUUACACAUGGAUUCGUUGUGGUGUUGCCUUUUUUUUGUGUUCAUAGUUGUUGGUGGUAGAGCUGUUCAGGGACUUCAGGAGGACUACAGUGGAUAUGCUGUUUAUAGGUUUGAUUCAGGAAACUACUCUGCGCUUGUGAAGGAUGUAAUCGGGCCUUUAACAGAUGAUUACGAUGUUUGGACGAGAAGCCAUAAGUUUAUUGAUAUUAAAUUGCCCAAGGAAAUUGGUGAGAAGGUGAAUGAUGGACAGGUCAUUAUAGAGGAUAUUAACCAAUUAGUACAAGAUACAUUACCCACUGAACAUAUGAUGACGCGUGAUCAGGUAGUUUUUGAAGAUGACUAUGAUUUUUUCUUUAAUGAAUAUAGAGAUCUGGAUACCAUUUACAUGUGGCUGGAUCUUCUGGAAAAAAGCUUCCCCAAUUUGGUUAAAGUGGAACAUUUGGGGAAGACAUUUGAAGGCAGAGAGCUAAAAGCUCUGCAUAUAUCCGGAAACAAGCCAGAAUCUAACCCAGAAAAGAAAACUAUUGUUAUUACGGGUGGAAUACAUGCCAGAGAGUGGAUCAGUGUCAGCACCGUCUGUUGGACGCUUCACCAGUUGUUGAAUCGAUAUGGUUCGUUCAAAAAAGAAACUAAGUAUUUGAAUGAUUUGGAUUUCUUGAUUAUACCAGUUUUCAAUCCAGAUGGAUACGCAUACACCUGGUCUAAUGACAGAUUGUGGCGUAAAAAUCGUCAAAGAACACAUGUUCCGCAAUGUUUCGGGAUUGACAUUGAUCAUUCUUUUGGUUUUCAAUGGGAAAAGGCACACACACAUGCAUGUAGCGAAGAAUAUAGUGGGGAAACACCCUUCGAAGCCUGGGAAGCUUUUGCUUGGAACAGAUAUAUCAACGAGACUAAAGGUGAUUACAAAAUUUAUGGUUAUAUUGACAUGCAUUCGUAUUCCCAGGAGAUUCUAUACCCCUACGCGUAUUCAUGCGAUGCCUUGCCCAGAGAUUUGGAAAACUUGUUGGAAUUGUCGUAUGGCUUGUCCAAGGCUAUACGUUCAAAAUCAGGCAGAAACUACGACGUAAUUUCGGCAUGCAAAGACCGCGGUUCUGAUAUCUUCCCUGGUCUUGGUGCUGGGUCUGCCUUGGACUUCAUGUAUCAUCACAGAGCACAUUGGGCUUUUCAAUUGAAAUUGAGAGAUACAGGAAACCAUGGAUUCUUAUUGCCUCCAGAAAACAUAAAGCCGGUUGGGAAAGAAACUUAUGCAGCUUUAAAGUACUUUUGUGACUUUCUGCUAGAUCCAGAAAUAUAG